AUGGCAGAAGAAACAAACACGGAAUUGCUUGACGAAUGCUGGGAUAUGAUCUUUAAACAUCUCAAUCAUGAAAGCGACCAAGAUUCAAUCUCUUUAGUUUGCAAGAGAUUUUUGUCAAUCACCAAUUUCAGUAAGGUUAGCAUAAAAGUUACAAGUCCAUCUAUCCAAGUACUCUCUCGUCUAUUGCAAAGAUUCACCAACCUUAAGAAGAUACAGUUCUGUCGCUUCCAAGGGGACCUUAAUAAAGCUGUUUGUGCAGUUGCACAAUCGGGGUUGGACCUGGAAGAGUUGGAUAUUCCCUUUAAUGAAAGUCCACAAACAGUUUGUUUUGAUGAACUAGGAUUAAAAAUGAGAAAUCUGAAAGUACUAGAUUAUUCAGGUUGCUUAAGUGAUGCUGAUCUUGUUAAAAUAGCGAAUUCGUUCACCCAACUGGUGGAGCUGCAGAUCGGGAACCCUUUUAAUAGGUCCGUUGUGACUGAUGAAGGGAUAGAUUAUCUAUCAUCCAAGCUAAAGAGAUUACGCAAGAUAGAUUUUUUUUUUGAUAAUCGGUACAUUUCAGAUAAGUCCCUUGUUUCAUUAUCAUCAAACUAUGUUUUUCUUGAGCAUAUUACAGUAUCACAUUGUCGGAAUGUGACCAUAACUGGUAUUUCAUUCCUCAUUAAUAAUAGUUGUUACUUGAAGUUCUUGCAUCUGUGUGAACAUUGGAAGAUUGAACCAUUAAGAUUCACUACUUUCCUACCAAAGUUACAGAUUCUGAUAUUCGUAAAUCUGAGCAUCUCAGAUGAGUUCCUGUAUUCUAUUGCAUCAGCACGUAUUCCUCUAACUGAGUUUUCGCUCUCAUAUUGCGAAGGCUACACGUUUACUGGGAUCUCGAGGCUCCUACGCUCUUGUCAUCAAUCUCUGAAAUCUUUAGUCUUAAGAGUAGCACAGUUCCUCACAGACGAACAUAUAGAGUAUCUGUCCUCUUUUCUCUAUAACUUGACAUCAAUAGAGCUCUUCUAUUGUCAGCAGCUAUCUUCUUCAGCUUUUGUUAGGCUCACACAAAGUUGCCCUCUUCUACGCCACCUUGAAAUGAGUGGCACAAGCCUCGGAAAAACAAAAUACGAUAAUGAUGGCAUGAUAAAGAAGAACUUUGCAAUAAAGUACUUGAAUUUAUCAUCAAAUUCUUGCUUGAGCACUUCAUGUCUCAAAAAGUUGAUUAACAUUUGUCCCAAAGUGGAAAUUAUCAAGCUAAGUUGUUGUUUUCAAGGCAAAGAACAACUGGACGUGGCUGAUAUUCUAGAGUGCAAUAACGGGUUCUUACUUGGAUGCCAGAAUUUGGUAGUUUCUUUAAAAGACCAAAAACUCUCAAACUUACAGAAGUUAGUCGCAAAAGGAUCAGGUAUGAAUGAUGCAAUGUUGGCAAUGAUCGUAAGGAUGUGCCCUGGACUGAUACAUUUGAAUCUAGAGAGCUGCAACAACACGACAGACGAAGGGGUAAAGGAGGUGGUAAGAUUGUGUAAAAGACUGAGAUAUCUAAGCCUAAGUUCAUGUUGGAAUCUGGAUAUCAGCAUAGUAGCUUGGAUAGUGAGUAAUAGUCAAUCUUUGAGAAAACUGGUCUCACCAUCUCAUAAAUAUCCAGAUGAAGAAGAGCAGAAACAAUUCUUGCAGCAAGGUUGUCUUGUCAGUAAGGCUUACAUAUACUGA